AUGGCCAUUCUCAAGCCCAUUGUCCUCGCCACCUUGGCUCUGGCAGCUCAGUCCACCGCUCAAUCUGCCAACCCCGGACUAGGAGCAAACCCUAAGGCCCAAGGAUCAACCGAAGAGGUCACCCAGACCACCGGUCCAAAUGGAUCCGAAGACUGGCUCAACACCGGCAUCACCGAUGGCGGCUGGAACCCGCCGUUCCUCGCCCUGGAAGACGUCUACCACAUCUCGCUAGAUGACUUCUACAACGGUAUCGGCUCUCCCUGCAAGAAAUACGACCAGUACUUCCAAAGCGCGGGAUCCAAGUAUAGCGUGGACCCGGUGAUUCUCGCCGUUAUUGCCAUGCAAGAGUCAUCCUGCAACGCCGAUGAAGGCGGGCCAACACCGGGAUUGAUGCAGGUUUCGUGUGAAAACUACCCGAAUGGCGAAUGCACGGGUGGUAUUCAAGAUAAUGUCGACGCGGGUACCAAGUACCUCACUUCGCAGCUGGAUUCGUCGGGUGGAAAUGCUCUCAAGGCAUUUGGUUCUUAUAACGGGUGGUUUACGAAGGGGAGCGGAUUGAAUGGUAAUAAGGGUCUGACACAGGAUUACCCCUGCUCGUCGGAGGGUAAGUCCAAUGGUGUUCCACAGAACUUGGACUACUUGCACCAGGUUCUCAAUGGAUGGCUGAUGGGCUUGGAUGUUUAUGGGGCUGAUAACUGGAUUGGUACCUAUAAGUGUGACCAGUCCUGUGAUGACGGUAGCAAGUGUUAG